AUGAAUCAUAUUCAAAUUUUGGAGUAUGAAAACGAGUGUCAGCUUGCCAACGAAGUAACAUACCAUCCGGUUUAUCGGAUUGCUCAACUUUGGACUUUUGUUGUUUCAAUUCUCGCUAUUCCUGCACUUUAUAUUUUCCUAAUGAAACGCAUCCUGCCUCUUCCAUUUCAUGGAAAUAUUAAGUUUCUAUUGGUUUGCUAUUUUUCCGCAUCAUUUGUGUUUGCAGUUUUAUUAGCAUUCCUUUUUCUAUCACGUGGUAGCUCCACUGUUCAUUACCUCAAUGUGCGACCUUAUAAUUCGGCCAUCGCUCUAUAAAGUUGGUAAUUUAUCCUUAACUUUGUUUAUGACUAUUCAAAUGAUAAUGCCUUUGGGUUUUUCCAUCGAACGAUUUAUUGCCUUGAGCAUGACAAAAAGCUAUGAAAAUGUUCGGACAUUUUUGGGACCGCUCCUAGUUUUCACAUUGAUUGGAAUUGACUUGGCUUUACUUUACCAUGUAUUUCGAGAUGAAAAGUUUGAAGAUAGUUUCAUAUCAUUUGCCCUUGUCCCUGAGACCUCAGCCAUACCAUUCAAUAGCUAUUUUUGGGAGCUUUUAUAUGCAGAAAUUGGAAAUUUCAUUUGCAAUUGCAUAUUUCUAUUGGUUCACAGCAAAUUUAAAGCAAGAUUUCUCCAUCAACAACGAUCCUUAUCAGUAAGAUAUUUAUUGGAAGAAAUAUCCCAAACUUCAAAAUUCACAUUGAUUGUUAGCUUCACACAUCUUCUAUUUGUUGGAUGGUACCUUAUUGCAACAAUUUUUGUGAGAACUAUUGGUGAAGACUUUUUCGGAGGAUAUAUUCAUUAUACAGUGGCAAGAGGCGUUCAUAUUACUGUGCCAACAUAUAAUCUUACAAUAGUUUUUGUUGGAAUCAAGGCAUUAAGUUUUAUGAAUCUGAGAAGACAAAAUAAUGUUCAAAGCAAAGUUCAAAUACGAUCAACUGGAGCGGAAGGAGCUAGAAAUUAUGAGGAUGCGAUCGCAAAUUAUUGGAAUUUUGUGUCGCGGACCUAAAA